UCAGUCAAGACUUUGGAAGCAGCAUAUCUGGAAACUCGAUUCUCGGACCUCCCCUGGCUAGGUUGGUUCGAGACUUUGGCUUGGAAAUCCGACAGAUUCUGACACUGCUUUCAUUCACUGGAUUCAGGACAUUCGCCUUGAAAAAGGCCAUCCCAGGUUUUCCAGUCUUUGCCGGAUCACGAGUCCAAAGUUACGGCUUCCAGUGCCCUGUCCGUUUCAUCGAGAACGAUGGAACAGAAAAGCGUGGAAGUCCUGCGACUGACAUCUAGUGAAACGGCCGCCCUGAAACCGGGAGUCAACCUGAUCUGUAGGGAAGCUGACAACUUUGUCAUAUACAAGGAUCCAAAGAACCCAAAGGACGAUCCGUACAAGGCCUGCCGCAACAUCUGUAAGCACCAGGGCGGCAACUUCGUGAGAGAUGUUGAAGACCCUUCGUGCAGCGUCCUGCGAUGCACCAAGCACGGCUGGAAACUGGACUGCUCCACCAUGAAGUACGUCAACCCCCCGGAAAGCUUCAGCCAGGAUAAGUUAGUUCCGGAGCUGGAUGAGGACGGCUCGCUGGCCCUGGUGGAACUGAUCCCGCCUGAGCCGUGGAAGGUCGACGCGAGACCCCCGCAGGACAUAAAACCCGGAGAAGUGCAGCUGACGUUUUUCGCGCAUGCGUGUAUGGAGUUGAAGCUGGGAGACAAGACCAUGUUCUUCGACCCAUGGCUGACCGGACCCGCCUUCGCCAGGGGUUGGUGGCUGAUCCACGAGCCGCCCGCUGAUUGGCUGGACAGGCUGUCACGUGCAGACCUCAUUUUCAUAUCAAACGUCAAUUCUCGUAACCCGAACUAUCCAACUCUGACGCUGCUUGCAGAUAAGAACCCGAACAUUCCGAUCUACGUGGGUGACACGGCCAUGCCGGUCUUCUGCAAACUGCAGCAGAGCGGCGUCACACUGAACCGCAUCAACGUCUGCAGUUUCGGCGUGUGGCAAGAGAUCAAUGCAGAUCUUCGCUUCAUGAUCCUGAUGGACGGUGUGCACCCUGACAUGGACACCUGCAUCUUGGUGGACUACAAGGGCCAUCUGAUCUUGAACACCGUGGACUGCACUCAGCCCAACGGCAUGCGGCUGCCCAGGAACGUGGACAUCAUGAUGAGUGACUUCGCGGGGGGUGCAUCCGGGUUCCCCAUGGCGUUCUCUGGAGGACGAUACACAAAGGAAUGGAAAGAAAGGUUCAUCGCCACCGAGCGGAAAAAGCUGCUUUACUACAAGACACAAGUGGUUCGUGACGUCAAUCCCAAAGUCUACUGUCCGUUCGCAGGGUACUUCGUGGAAGCGCAUCCAGCAGACACGUAUAUCCGUGAGACUAACUUUAAGAACAGCGCGGAGAAGCUAAACACCCUCAUCAACAGGUACUCAGACCACAUCAUCACGUGGACACCGCACCCUGGGGCCACUCUGGACCUGGCACGGAUUCUGGAUGACACGGGGGACCGCAGGCUUGCAAUAGUGGAUCCUCCUCCCGGAACUAAGAUCUACAAAGACAGCUGGGAUUUCGGCCCGUACAUCGACAGGAUCAACAACUGCAUCGGGAGCGAGAUUUUCGCCUACCCUGACUGGAUCCCGGUCUACUACAGGUGGGCGGGGUUCAGGGACUACAACCUGGUCCUGCGGAUGAUAGAGACAGAUGAUGAUUUCCAGUCUAUCGAGGGCGGGUACGACUUCCUGGUGGAUUUCUUGGACCUGAGCUUCCCCCGACAGCGACCAGCCAGGGAGCAUGCGUACUUGGAGAUCAAGAACCGGAUUGGAGUCCAUCGUCAGACGGUUCUGAAGGGUCUGUUUUGGGACGACCUGUACAUCGGCUUUAACAACAGGAUAUCACGGAACCCGGACACGUUUCAUUACAAGUUCUGGAACCACAUGCAGAUCCUCCUGCCCCAACAGCCGCCGGACUGGGCAAGUUUCCUGAGGGAGCAGCGAAAGAUGCACGACGGGCAACCAGCGCGGGCAGUCUGGAAACCGUCAAGGAACAACAACUUCAUCUUGUUCCGUCUGCUGCAGACACUGGUCCCGGCCAGGGCCCUGCUUGUUCCCGGGCUCGUGGUGUUCCUGGCGACCGUCUACUUUUUCACCUCGUCAAAGAAGUAAAAUAGCAAAACAGCCGUCGAUAUCACAGAGGCGUCACCAAAAGGGAGCUACGUAGUUAUCAGUCGAGUUAGAUAUGGAGAGGUCAACACUCAUGGCGACAAAAAAAGGUCGUAUUUUGUCUGUGUUGAAGUACAAGUAAAUGUGCACUACAGUACAUUCCGUCACGAAUGCGUUUUCAUACUCUCCAAGCAGAGCUUCGGCUGUUACUUUACGUGUUUUUAAGGCGUUUUUAUCGGGUUUUCUAUUUCGUACUGUUUUCUUUAUAACAGAUUAUGCGUUCGCGAAUUAUAACAAUUUUACAAAACAGAUGGGGUCAAACCUUUGCUUGAAGAGCAGCGUUUUCCGUUGAGCUGUUGUGAAUACUCUUGUCAAAAUAACUUUGCCUUCUUGGUCUAACGUUAUAACUACAGAUGUUACAAGGGCUCGAUACAGAUCUAUUUCAAAUUUCCUAGGAUAUAACUGUUAUUACUGAAAUAUCCGCAAAUUUACCCAGAUAUUUAGCAAGUUAUUGUCGUAUUGUAUUUCACAAUAGUAGCUCAGUGGCUCACAAUAUGCUACUUUUAUGUUGCGGUUGGUGGCAGCUGGAGUUAGAGUUGUUGAGGAUGCCAUACACUCCAGCUAUGCUUUGCAAUGUUGUUGGCUUAUUACUUUAUUUACGAGUUUUCAUUGUUGUUUAUUAACGGAUAUAGAUAUAUAUGAUCAUAUUGUUAUAUUUUCAUGGGAGGUCAUACCUUAUUUUACGUUUUUUUUUACAGAUUGUUGCUAUUUUUAACAAGUUUGGUUUCGGUGUCAACUUGUUUAUUGUGUGUAUGAAGAGACCAUGGUAUUCUUAACGGAAAUAUGAAAGGAAAAGUUUAUACAUAUCAUAAAAAAGCAGUUUGUUCAGCUGGAUUUGAUUUUGGAAACGAUCAGACGUUUCAGAUAGCAUCCACUAUCUCGUCAGUGACACGUUAUACAUGUUACAACUUACAUACUUCUUUGGGAUAAGGGCUGUCUGCUGCUUUCUUCCUUGAAGACUUGUCUAUGCAAUAAAUCUGUUUCGCCACAUCA